AACCGUAGUCUCUCCCUGGGCUUAAAAACGGUACCCACCGUGAAGUCUCUCCCUGCUAAAAAUCUCCGGCGCUCGUUUCCCGUCACAUCGCGCAUCGUCAUCAUCAGAGCGCGCGAACCAAAUUCUCAGGCGAGCAGAGGCCGCCGGCCGAAACCGUAGGGCUCGGGCUGCUCCUUGGCCUCGUGUGAAGGAUCGAGAAAAAGAGAAGAUGAAGGGGCUCUUCAAGUCCAAGCCUCGGACGCCGGCGGAGAUCGUGAGGCAGACGAGGGAUCUGCUGAUCUACUUCGAUCGCCCGCCGGCGGCGGCCUCGUCGGCGUCGAGUUCGAGGGAGAGCAAGCGAGAAGAGAAGAUGGCAGAAUUAUGUAAACUCAUCCGUGAACUGAAGGACAUUCUUUAUGGGAAAGGCGAGUUAGAACCGGUUGCCGAAGCCUGCACGCAGUUGACUCAGGAGUUCUUUAAAGAAAAUACUUUCCGUCUGCUAAUUUUAUGCAUACCUAAAUUGAGCUUGGAGGCUUGUAAAGAUGCUACUCAAAUUGUUGCAAACUUGCAAAGGCAACAAGUUCAUUCACGGCUUAUUGCAUCUGAUUACUUGGAAAAGAAUAAAGAUCUUAUGGACAUUUUGAUAUGCGGGUACGAAGACAUGGAUAUUGCAUUGCAUUAUGGCUUUAUGUUGAGGGAGUGCAUUCGGCAUCAAAGUAUAGCAAAGUAUGUUUUAGAGUCUGAGAACAUGAAAAAGUUUUUCGAUUACAUACAGAUUCCAAACUUUGACAUAGCAUCGGAUGCUUCUUCAACUUUUAAGGAGCUUUUGACGAGACAUAAAUCUACUGUUGCUGAAUUUCUUUCUAAAAACUAUGAUUGGUUCUUUCCAGAAUUUAAUUCAAAGCUGCUGUCAUCUCCCAAUUACAUCACAAGAAGGCAAGCAAUCAAGCUUUUGGGGGAUAUACUACUAGAGCGAUCAAAUUCAGCAGUGAUGAUGCGCUAUGUUAGCGCAAAGGAUAACUUGAUGAUCCUAAUGAACCUUCUCAGGGAGUCCAGUAAGAACAUCCAAAUCGAGGCAUUUCAUGUAUUCAAGUUAUUUGCUGCAAAUCAAAACAAACCCCCUGAGAUCGUAACGAUAUUAGUUGCAAACAAGAACAAGCUCCUUCGCCUGUUUAAUGAUUUCAGGUUGGACAAAGAGGACGAACAGUUUGAAGCAGACAAAUCUCAAGUUGUCAAUGAGAUAGCCACGCUGUAAGCUGGCAGAACCCUUGAAAGAUCUCGGCAAAACGUGUAAAUUAUUUUCUGUCGAAGAUUAAAUUUCUCAUGUGCCCUUGGGCAUGAUACUUGUACAAUGUCGCACUUUCAUAAAGCAGAUAAUGUUAUUGAAGCUUCCAAUCUAAUGGAACUUUCCUCAUUUUGUAAUUUUUUCUUCCAUCAUUGCAAGCGUUGACAUGAAAAUGAUCCUAUUGGCAAGGAGCAUUUUGCGUGCGGCUCAUAAUUGGCUAGGGAAUAUGAUCCUUCUGAGAUA